AUGACUUUAAGGUCCUUGGGAUUUAAUUCAGCCAAGAGUGAUACUGCACUUUUCAUGAGAUUUACACCUACCUCUAAAACCUAUGUACUAGUGUAUGUUGAUGAUAUUAUCAUCACCAGCUCUUCCUCUUCUGAAAUCAUCUCUCUUAUUGCUCAUCUUAACAACAAAUUUUCUUUGAAGGAUCUAGGUCCUCUUCAUUAUUUUCUUGGCAUUGAGGUCCAACAUCAUUCUGAUGGUGGUAUUCUAUUGUCUCAAUCAAAAUACAUAAGAGACCUACUUCAUAAAACAAAUUUGUUAGACUCUAAACCUCAGCCAACUCCCAUGGUUUCUGGUUUAAAGCUUACUGCUGAUGGGUCCUUUUCAGUUCAGGAUCCCACUCACUAUAGGAGCAUUGUAGGAGCUCUUCAAUACAUCACUGUGACAAGACCUGAAAUUUCAUUCUCUGUUAAUAAGGUUUGUCAAUUUAUGCAUAAACCACAAGAGCAUCAUUGGAGGGCAGUAAAGCGGAUUUUAAGAUAUCUCCAAGGAUCAAUUACAUAUGGCUUGCACAUAAAACCUUCACAACAGCUACAUAUCAUGGGUUUUUGUGAUUCAGAUUGGGGUUCAGAUCCUGAUGAUAGAAAGUCUACCACAGGUUACUGUGUGUACCUUGGACCAAAUCUUGUAUCAUGGUCUUCUAAGAAACAAGUUGUUGUUUCCCGAAGUAGUACUGAGGCUGAGUACAGGGGACUAGCUGCUGUCACUGCUGACAUUUUAUGGCUGCAGAAUUUGCUCAAAGAGUUGCGUGUUCCAGUUGCAUUGCCAAGAAUUUAUUGUGAUAAUUUAGGUGCUGUCCACCUUACUGCGAAUCCUGUCAUGCAUUCUCGCACAAAGCAUUUUGAGUUGGAUUUGCAUUUUGUUCGUGAUAAAGUCCUGUCAAGGGAGCUUGUUGUUAUUCAUCUACCUGCUGAAUUUCAGGUUGCUGAUAUUCUCACUAAAGCUAUUUCGAAUCCUCAAUUUACAACAUUUAGAUCCAAACUCAAGGUUUCAUCAGCUUCCACCAUGAGUUUGAAGGGGGGUGUAAAGGGAAUUUGUCAAACUGGUAGUUAG